CACCUUACCUGCUGGCUGACUAGACUACAACAAAAUGGCGCCAUGAGGGCUCCGAGAACAUGGAGGAGACGGAAUUUCCUGUUGAAGUCAUGUCUCCAUGGGGAGAGGGGAAGUUUGCAGUUGCUGUGACGACCAGUAAACAAGAGAAGGCUGAUCAGACUGGAGCCUGGAACACAUCUGAUAUGCCUGAAAGCCUUGUGGGUUCGGUCGGUUCCGGUUCUCAUGCAUCCCAUCGAUCGAAGGGCCGGAAGUACCGGAUGAAGGCGCUGAGCUCCGAGAUCGAUGAGAGUUUGUUUGGCACAAAGCGUCAGCCUGCCAAAGAUGAUGUCCAGACGACAGAGAACAGAACACGCAAAACCGUGUCCGCGCCGACGAAGGGAACGAGGGGGCGCAAACCCGAGACCAUCCAAAUCAUCACCAGCGACCUGAUCCGAGAUCUGGUGGUUCCCUCUGAGGACCCCUCGGGGUUAUCCAUCAUCAUGUCCCCUUAUGACUUCCAUCGCAUCAAGUCUGCAUCUCGAGUCCUCACCAAGACGGAACGCGAGAUGGCGGGACAAGCCUACAAGGAGGAGAAGGAAGCGGCCAUUUUGGGUGUCAAUGAGCGCAAGAACUAUAUGAAGCAGAAGGAGAUGCUUCGCAAGAAGAACGAGAAGCUGAGCGACCUGGAGGAGGAAGCCCAGCAGAGGGCGCAGUAUCUCCUGCAGAGAGCUAACACCAUGCGCAUGGAGCAAGAAGACGAGAUCAAAAAGCUCAACGAGAUGAUCUUGAACGCCAAGUGCCACGCCAUCCGCGAUGCUCAGACGGUGGAGAGGAAAGUGAUCACUAAAGAGCUGGAGGAGGAAACCAAGCGUCUGGACCAGAUGAUGGAGGUGGCACGCCAAAAGGCAAUUAAGAUGCAGGAGAAGAUUGACGAGUUGAGGAAACAGGAAAGGAUCAGAGGGAAGCUCCACAUCAUCGAGCAGAUCACCGAUAACGAGGAGGCCAGACUUCUACAGGAGGAGCAAAGGGAGCAAGAAGCCCAGCAGAUGCUUCAGUACCUGGAAGAGCUUCAGAUGGAAGAUUAUAAGGAUAUGGAGAAGAGAAGGAACGAACAGCUGGUAAUCCAGGCGGAGAUAAAACAAAUCAAUAUUGAGAACGAGAGGAAGAAGAUUGAGCGCAAGGAGCAGGAGAAGCUGGCGGACCUGCAGGUGCUGGAAUAUACCAAACAGAAAAUGGCUCGGGAAGCAGAAUACGAAGCAGAACAGGAAAAGAUUAAAAAGGAGAAAGAAAUGGAAGUUGCUCGUCUACGAGCAUUACAGGAGAGGGCUCAUGACCACCGAGCAGAGCAGGAUGCCCUCCGAGCGAAGAGGAACCAGGAGGCCAUGGAGAGAUCCUGGCGCCAGAAGGAAAAGGAGGAGGCGUUGAAGCAGGUGGAGGUGAAUGUCAUGUUGAGGAAGGCGCGUCUGGACCAGGUGGCGCACAAGGAGCACUUCUUGGCUGUGCACGCUCAGCGGAACCGGGUGGAGUUUGAGCGCGUGUUAAAGGUCCAGCGAAAUAUGGUGGAGAAGGACCUCAAGGAGCAGGAGGAGAAGACCAAUCAGCUAAGGAGACAUGCCAGCGAACUGAGGCGACAGGUACGGGAGCAGGAGCAGAAGCAGGUGGUGGACCGCAUCUCCCACUUUGAGGAGGGCAAGAGGCUGGCUGAGGAGGCCCGACAGCGCAGGGCACGCCUGGACGACCUGAAGCAGAAGAAGCUGGAGGAACUGAGAAACGCCGGCCUCCCAGACAAGUACUGCUCCAUGGUGGCCCGGAAAGCCGAGGUCCCCAUAACCAUCGUCCCCUAAGGAGAUCAACCGCCCUGCAAAAUUUACCAUAAUAUAGAUGUUUUCAUUUGUCUGACUUUGCGAGACGUUAUCUGUACUUCCAAAUAGAAUAAGAAUAAAAAAAAGCUGUGUAUAAAA